CAUUUCCACCUCACACCUCAUGUUCUUCAAACAGAGUUCUUCAAUAUCCGGUGGAAUCUGGCAGAAAGAAGAUAUAAGAUUUUCAAAGAGUAUGGCUUUGUAUGAAGAGAAGUAGAUACUCAACAAAAAUAGUAACCUAUGAACAAUAAUCCGGUGCUCUCCAGAGAACUCCAAAACUGAGGAGAAGUCCUUUUAUCCUCCCUGACCUCAUAGGAAAAUCAGUAUGUAUCAAAGUGAGUACUUGUUUUCUUCCACCUUUCAUUAUUGCAAAUAAACAAGAUUUAUAUUGCAUUCGGUGAAGAGAGUUGAUUUCCUAAUUGUAAUAUCUACUGAUACCCAAUUCAGUAUCUUCGGACAUAGGCAAUAUGUGUAUAUAGGGACAAGGCAGCGUAUCAGAAAGCCACAACAUCAUAAGCAAUGUCUUAUAUGAGAUAACGUAUUUCCCCUAGAGCCAUUUUAUAAUUUGAUAUGAUAUGAUUGUAUUUUUCUGUUCUUUGGAUUAUUCCUGACUCAGUGAAUGCUGGUACUGCUAUUUUCAUUGUCUGUAGUAUCAUGUCAAACCACUAAUUCUUUUACGUUAAACUGCCAUCCUCAUUAUGAGCUGUACAGUAGCACAUAGAAGUACCUCAGGUCCUUAAUGUACAGAAGGAUAUAAAAGAAAAUCCAAGAAUCCGUGUAUAUCUCAUCAGUGUAAUUUGUCUCUAUUCUCUUGAGUAAUACAGUGAUUUUUACUGAUUUUCUUUUAAACUACAGGAUCUCUUUAUCCAAAUGGAAUUUUUAAAUGAAACUUCAUUAUAUCAAACCAAUGACAGUGACCUUGCUUUCUCCCAAUUUGCUCAAAUUUCAUCUCAGUUUUAGGUAUUUUCAUGAGAAAAUAUAUCUGAUUUGUUACAAACAACUUAAUGAAAAUGCCCCUAGGGAUGGACAUAUUUUAAGUAAACUUAAAGAUAUGUUAACAUGUUUUAAGAAAAUUAGUAGAUGUAUAGUCUAAAACACUGACAGGCUGAUGGUCCGAUUUUUGUCGUGGAGGCAAAGAUGGGGUAGGAAAGGGCUGGGGCCAGUUAAAUGGAUAACACGCUACUCAAAGUAUUCAUCAUCAUAUCCCUGUCAUAGAAGGUAAGUCACACUAGAAGAAUUUACAUAUACAUAUGUAAAGAAAAUUUUUUUAGGUAACUUACUGUGAUCAUAAUUGAAAAGUUUGGAUUCAUAUUAUUCAUAGUGGCUUUGAUUACUUAAAAUCUACCGGAUGAUACUACAUAAAAGCUAUUGACAAUGCUGAUGCCUCUACCCAGAAGAGGUUUCCUGAUAGACCACGAUGGACACACACAAUCUAACAGCGCUGAGUGAAUUCAUUCUGAUGGGAAUCACAGACCGCCCUGAGCUGCAGGCUCCGUUGUUCAGGCUGUUCCUCAUCAUCUACAUGCUCUCAGUGGUGGGCAACGUGGGCAUCAUCAUCCUCACCAAGAUGGACUCCAAGCUACAAACUCCCAUGUACUUUUUUCUCAGACACCUGGCUAUCACUGAUCUUGGUUAUUCAACAGCUGUGGGACCCAAAAUGCUGGUAAAUUUUGUUGUGGAUGAAAACACAAUCUCUUAUUAUUUUUGUGCUACACAGCUAGCUUUUUUUAUUUUGUUCAUAAAUGGUGAAAUUUUUAUUCUGUCAGUAAUGUCUUAUGACCGCUAUGUGGCCAUCUGUAACCCUCUGCUCUACACAGUCAUCAUGUCACAAAGGACAUGUUGGGUGCUGAUGGCAAUCGUCUAUCUCCACAGCACAUUUGUUUCUCUUCUAGUCACCAUAAAAAUUUUUAAUUUGUCCUUCUGUGACUACAGUGUCAUCAGGCAUUUCUACUGUGAUGGUCUCCACUUGUUAACUUUGCUCUGCUCAAACACACAUGAAAUCGAAUUGAUCCUUCUCAUCUUAGCAGCUUUUGAUUUGAUUUCAUCCCUCCUAAUAGUUCUUGUUUCUUACCUGCUCAUUCUUGUAGCCAUUCUGAGGAUGAACUCAGCUCAGGGCAGGCACAAGGCCUUCUCCACCUGUGGAUCCCACCUGACGGUGGUGGUAGUGUUCUAUGGGACUUUAAUCUUUAUGUACGUGCAGCCCAAGUCCAGUCAUUCCUUUGACACUGAUAAAGUGGCUUCCAUAUUUUACACCCUGGUGAUCCCCAUGUUGAAUCCCUUGGUCUAUGGCUUGAGGAAUCAUGAUGUGAAAUAUGCUUUACACAGGACUUUGGGACAAUUAUGCAAUAUAUUUUCUCAAAGUUCACUAUACCGAAUCAUUCAUACAAAUUACAUUAUGGGCUUUAAACUCUCUUCUGUGUGCCUCCAGAGGGGAGAGCAAGCACAAAAGCACAGAUAA